CUCUCCAGCCUUGGCGGCAGCAUCAGAGCCACCCUGCACCCUGUCUCGUCCUCAUGGCCUGCCUGAGCUCCUCCCAGCUGCAGAAGUUCCAGGAGGAUGGAUUCCUGGUGCUGGAAGGAUUCUUGUCUGCAGAGGAGUGUGCGGCCAUGCAGCAGAGCAUUGGCCAGAUAGUGGCCAAGAUGGAUGUCCCUCUCCACUGCCGCACAGUAUUUACCACGAAGGAAGAGGAGCAGAAGCGAGCCCAGAGCAAAACAGAAUAUUUCUUGAGCAGCGGCGACAAGAUUCGAUUCUUCUUUGAGAAAGGCGUUUUUGACGAGGAAGGAAACUUCCUGGUUCCCCCGGAGAAAUCCAUCAACAAAAUUGGCCACGCUCUGCACGCCCACGACCCUGUCUUCAAGUCUGUCACCCACUCCACCAAGAUGCAGGCCCUGGCCAGAAAUCUGGGCCUCCAGACGCCUGUGGUGGUGCAGAGCAUGUACAUCUUUAAGCAACCUCAUAUUGGCGGUGAAGUCUUGCCCCAUCAGGACGCCACCUUCCUGUACACGGAGCCCCUGGGCCGGCUGCUGGGUGUGUGGAUCGCGCUGGAGGACGCCACGCUGGAGAACGGCUGCCUCUGGUUCAUCCCUGGCUCCCACACCAGUGGAGUGUCGAGAAGGAUGGUCCGGAACCCUGCGGGCUCGACGCCUGGGACCUGCUUCCAGGGGUCAGAGCCAGCCCGGGACAACAGCCUCUUUGUGCCCACACCAGUGCGGAGAGGGGCCCUCGUCCUAAUCCACGGAGAAGUGGUGCACAAGAGCGAGCAGAACUUCUCUGACAGUUCGCGCCACGUCUACACUUUCCACCUCAUGGAGGCCUCUGGCACCGUUUGGAGCCCGGAGAACUGGCUCCAGCCAACAGCUGAGCUGCCCUUUCCCCCCCUGUACACCUAAAGGCCCUCAGGGCUGGGACACUGCCCCUCCUGGGGAGGCUGUGGGCUGCAAACACCAGCAUCUUGCCCGACCGCCAGGCUGCAACCAGGAAGCCGCAUCUCUCCUCCUGGGCUCUCCUGCCAGUGUCUGCGGCCGACAGCCCUGCAGAUGGGGCACGAGGUGGCCGCCGGGCAGCAGGAGCCCGGGCCGAGUGGCUUUCCCAAGACCUCUGUCUCUCUGCCUCCCUACGGCCCCAAUAGCCUCCCCCUAGAGGCAGCCUCUCAGCCUUGAAAGGGUUCUGGCUAAUUUUCUGCCGGCUUCUUACUCUUCUCUCCCCUCAGAUGAAACUCGGAUUA